CGGCCCGUGCUGACAGGGCGGCGGGGCCCUGCGGAGCCGACCGGCGCAGGGUGGUGGGGGGGCAUGGCGCCCAGCAGUAACUGGUUGUCCGGGGUGAACGUCGUGCUGGUGAUGGCCUACGGCAGCCUGGUGUUUGUGCUGCUGUUCAUCUUUGUCAAGAGGCAGAUCAUGCGCUUUGCCAUGAAGUCGCGGAGGGGGCCGCACGUCCCCGUGGGCCACAACGCCCCCAAGGACUUGAAAGAGGAAAUUGAUAUCCGACUAUCCAAGGUUCAAGAUGUCAAGUAUGAACCUCAACUUCUUGCAGAUGAUGAUGCAAGACUAUUAGAGCUGGAAACCCAGGGAAAUCAGGAUUGCUACAACUAUUUAUACAGGAUGAAAGCUCUGGAUGCCAUCCGUGCCUCUGAGAUCCCGUUUCAUGUUGAAGGCCGGCAUCCCCGUUCUUUAAUGGGCAAGAAUUUUCGCUCCUAUCUGCUAGACCUUCGCAGCACCACUACACCUUUCAAAGGCGUGCGCAAGGCCCUCAUCGAUACCCUGCUGGAUGGCUAUGAGACAGCUCGCUAUGGGACAGGGGUCUUUGGCCAGAGUGAGUACCUGCGGUAUAAGGAGGCCCUGAGUGAACUGGCCACAGUGAUCAAAGCACGAAGUGGUAGCUCUCAGAAACAGCACCAGUCAGCCGCCAAAGAUCUGACCCAGUCUCCUGACGCUUCCCCAACAACCAUCCAGGUGACAUACCUUCCCUCCAGUCAGAAGAGUAAACGUGCCAAGCACUUCCUCGAAUUGAAGAGCUUCAAGGACAACUAUAACACAUUGGAGAGCACACUAUGAUGGGGCUAAAGGACUCUUGCAGUGGAUAGAGUCAGACGGACUGCAGUGUGCUUGUUGAGCUGACCCAGACCUGCCUGUGUCAAAGCUUCCACUGUUCAGAGCUAUCUAGAAAACUGUUCACCAACCCUUCCUUAAGGCCAGUGUUUUCAGACCUUCAUUGAUUUAAAAGUUCUUAUCUGGAUCAAGAAUGUAGCCCAGUGGUAUCGCACGUGCCUCUCAUGUAUGAGGCCUGGAUUCCAUCCCUAACACCACGCACUGAGCAUCACUGGGUGUGGAUCCCAGGCAGCAGAUUGAAGCACCUCUGGAAAUUGCCCCAGACCCCACCCCAGCACUGUUGAGUUGGCCUCUACUUGAAAUAACUGAGUGCUGGGAGUGCGCUUUGCAUGCAGAAGACCCAGGUUCCAUCCUACCACCUCAUGUUCCUUCGAGCAUCAUCAGAAGCAACCCCCAAGCAAUUGGGCCAAGACUAGCCUCUAAGUCACAUUGCAUUUUCCAGACAAUCCCAAAAGUGAGUGUAGGCCUGAGGGGGGUGAUUCUCUUCUGUAACUACCCCUUUGUACACAGUCAAAUGGGAAGUUUGGAUUUGAGGAAGGCACUGACUGGGAGGUCAGGUGAGGCCAUGGGUGGUAUGUAGAACAACUUAGCUGGUGCUUUACCUAAACCGAGGUGUGUUGGAGUGUUGGAACCUUAAAGCUUUGAUGUGUGAAGGCCUGCACACCGCCUUCCAUUCUUCAUAAAUGUUUUAAAGGAGUAAUCCCAUCACCUUAUAUAUUGGGGAUGCUAAAGGACAGUGAAAGGAUGAUCAGAUCUUUGCACUCAUCUCAACUUUAUAAAUUAUUUAAUAAAAUAGUUAAAGAAACCAGGA